AGCGUCACGGAUCAGAUGACAACUCCCAUUAAGUUUGUUCCCCUGAGCAGCUGGGAUGCACAUGCCACCGGGUGCACGAGCACAGCGCAGCAGAAGUGAUCCAAUACGGGCAGAUCCUUGACUUUUUGUUUUUCUGUACUCUGUCGCACGUUGGGGGAACCUGGGUCCAGUCCGUGCCGGGCAGAUGGACCAGAUGGACAACCCGCCCGGAGCGGUCAGGGAUGAUAAUACAGACGAGUCGACAUCCAUAGUGGAGUUCAGGUGGAGCUCUGAUGAAGAAGAGAGCUCGGAUCCGCAGGCGCAGUGUCUCGCAGCGCCUCAAGUUCCCCUGACCACCUACAAGCAGAGGCUGGACGAAUUUAAAAAGUUGUUCAAAGAAAUUCCAGAGUCAGAAAGACUCUUAGUGGAUUACCCAUGUGCCCUCCAGCGGGACAUCCUCCUUCAGGGACGCCUCUACCUCACAGAGAACUGGCUCUGUUUCCAUAGCAAUGUAUUUCGGGGUACGAAGAUUAUACUGACUCUUACGGACAUCGUGACUAUGACCAGAGAGAAAACCGCUCGUCUGAUUCCCAACGCCAUCCAGGUCUGCACGAGCACGGAGAAGUUCUUCUUUACAUCCUUCUCGGCGAGAGAGAAAAGCUACCAGGGUGUUUUCCGCAUGUGGCAAAACACGCUGCUGGACAAGCCUCUUACCAGCUUGGAGUUGUGGCAGAUGGUCAAACAGCAUUAUGGGCAAGAUCUGGGCAUCAGCCCCGAGGAGAUGGAGAGCUUAGAGCUGUCGGAAUCAAGCAUGCAGACCAGCCUGACGGUGAAGCCCGGUGGUGGUGGUGAUGGUCCAGGGAGGCUCGAGCGCACUCCUUCCACCCGCCUGCCAGGGAUGGAUCAUGGACCUUUUGAAACCUCCAACUCUCAGGUGGAGGAGUUGCUUUCCCCUCUCAGCACCUUAAACACGCCGGACGAUCCUCGCGGCACCCCGUCUCAGCGGCGCAGUCCUGCUCCCUCGCUGGACCGCCUCGCCCCAGAGCGGGUUUCCAAACGCUCCUCGCUCUCUCUCGACCUCAACUCCAACGAGAACGACGCGUCCGAGCAGAGCGGUUCGGAAAGCAUCGAGGACGUGGAGGAGCGAGUGGGUUUGCAGGUGCCAGGUCGGCUUUAUAUAAACAGGGUGUUUCACAUCAGUGCACAGAAGAUGUUUGAGAUGCUCUUCACGGACUCCAGCUUCGGCCGCAGGUUCAUGAACCUCAGGAAAACGACCAACGCCAGCUUUACUCCCUGGCAAAAAGACGCCUCCGGAAACCUGAAGAGGAAUCUGACCUACACGGUUACCAUCACUAACCCCCUGGUUGGCAAGUCCUCCACAGCUACAGAGAACCAGACGCUAUACAAAGAAUCCAGGGAGGGUCAAUAUUACCUGGUGGACUCGGAGGUGUACACUCAUGAUGUUCCCUAUCACGAUUACUUCUACAUUCAAAAUCGGUACUACAUCAUAAGUAACUCAAAGCGGAAGUGUCGGCUGAGGGUUUAUACCGACGUGAAGUACAACAAGCAGCCAUGGGGCCUGGUCAAGUCCUUCAUCACCAAAAACUCCUGGAGCGGCGUUGAAGACAAUUUCCGACAGCUGGAGGCCGAACUGAUGGAGGAGGAAGCAGAGUUGAAUCAAGUAGGCGGAGACCCUGGGAAGACGGGUGGGAUUCGACGGAGGAGGCGGACUUACAGCCGGACGCUGCCAGAGCACAUGAAGCCCAACAAGCCGUACGGACAAGAGCCCCAACAGCCUCGGGAUGGCAACAUGGGCCCCAACGAAAUGCGCAACCUACACAAAUGGAACACUAAGACCAUAGUGGCUGGCAUGAGCUUCAUUCUGCUGCUUCUGAUAGUGAUGAACUUGGGUCUGUUUGUUAAGUUGUGGGCCAUGGAGGACGUCGCCCACCGAAUGUACCUCAGCUCAAAGCACCGGCUGAGGGACCGGACUGAGGCCAGCUUGGCCUCUGAAUAUGGGCCCAGACAGGGACCAGCGUAUCGGAGCAGAGGGGAUCCGCAGCUGCUAAAAUCUGUACUGCAGGACUCUAUCAACCUUUUAGAACAGCUCCGCAGCUCUCUGAUGGUGCUGCAGGAAACCUUCGCUUUGGUCAAUCGCACAGCAGGGCCACGGUGAUCCUCCACACCUGGCGACUGCAGAAUGCCUGUGGGGAGAGAAAUCAAUGAAUAGGGGACUGCAGUGGUGGACUGCUUCUGAGGACGUCUUUGGUAUCUAGUGACGUUGCCAGGUACACAUGCCCACACCACUGACAUGUCAUUUGUUGCCAGGGGUUACAGGUCCCAAAGCCUGUGGCGAGGCCAGGAUGUUUUUAAUGCUGCAGACUGACUGCUGCGAGGACAAAGUUGCAUCAGAGUUUGCCGCACAAGGAGUAGGUUUAGAUUUUUGUCGGUGCUAUUUGCCAGCUCCCUCGGCUGGUGUCGUGUUUUUUUUUGUUUUUGUUUUUUUUCUUUCGUUUAAAUACUAGUCUUGAAAUUCAGCAAACGCGUGCUGAUUGUGCCACACCAAAUGAGAUAUUAAACGCUUUUUAAAAAAAAUUUCAUUCCAGGGAUGUGAAUUGAUAUUAUUUGAAACCACUGUGUAGCUCUACUUUUUUUGCACAUACUAAAAUGUUUGCACAAGUGCUGUAUUUUAUUUUUAAGUUAAAUCUGGUGAACCGAAGGUACUACUGAGGUUGGGCCUUUUUCACAUCACAUAUACACGUGUAUAUGUUUUGAUUGUUAUUCCUUUUCACUUGUACGUGUCUUUUGUUCUACACUGUAAGCCAGGUAUCGUAUAGCGGUUUAAUUGUACAUUCUAGGUGUCUGGUCACUUCGACUCUCCGGUUAUCUCAGCACUUUGUUUUCAUACGCUCAACACUGCAUGCAAGAUUGUGCUCUGAUUUCCAAAGUGACAUGAACACUAUUGUUUAAAUCAGCUGGUUUUUUUUUUCAGCAGUUCUUGCAAUCAACGAUUUAGUAUACCAUCAUAGGAGAUAAAAUACAACAAUGAAAACCAUUCAGAACUUGUUCAUUUGAAUACUUUUUUGCGUUCCUGAAAUGGUUUUCUAUGCUUUUGGAAUUGUCUGAGUAUUCUUAAGGUUGAACGGUUUUAGAAAAGAGGGAAAAUGGCCAUAUUGCUUUUCUGUAAGAAUCAAAGUAGAAUGGGAGUACUGGAAUGAAUUGUACUAAGCCAAGAUGACUGAUUAUUUUUUUGUAUCAUGUUUCGUUGUAUGACGCUGCAACUAUUAGCAGGACCUGGAACCAGAAGCGGAAACCUAAAUGGGGCCAAAUGUGUCUUUGUCCCUUUUUUGUCAGAGGUGAAA